AAAGUGCAAAGCCAUGUCUCCGUUUCCUUCCCGUAAACAAACUCUGUUCCUGUCUUCCCAAAAAGAACAACCCAGGAAACCCAAUCAAGAACUCCAGAGAAAGAUGGCUUUGCCUUUACUAUUUACAGCUCUUUGCCUCAUUCUCAUGCUUUCACAAUCUUUACCAUCAUCAUCUUUAUUGCAAGAAACAAACUUUCUCGAUCAAAACCCUACAGCCUAUGAUAUCCUGGGUGACUACAACCUCCCUAAAGGACUACUUCCUAAAGGAGUUGUUGGCUAUUCUCUUGACACAACAACAGGUAAAUUCUCUGCAUUCUGGAAUGGAACUUGUAGUUUUUCUCUUGAAGGAUCUUACCAGUUAAGGUACAAGUCAACUAUCAAUGGUUACAUAUCAAAAGGGAGGCUUUCAAAAUUGGAAGGUGUUAGCGUGAAGUUGUUUUUUUUUUGGGUUGAUAUUAUUGAUGUUACAAGAAAUGGUGAUGAUCUUGAAUUCUCUGUUGGAAUUGCUGGUGCUGAUUUCUCAGUUGAUAAUUUUGAAGAGUGUCCUCAAUGUGGUUGUGGUUUGAAUUGUGGUGGUAAGACCAGGAAAGUGAGCAAGAUUAGAUCAAACCCUUUUGUAUCCUCUUCUUAGAAAGAUCUGUGUAUUUCAAUCAUUGAAUUGUUCUAUUGGGUUUUUAAAACUGUGAUUCUCGUUUGAUUAGAAUGAAUUCAAUUGGUUUGUAAUUUUUAUCGUAAA